CCACAUGCGAUGUUACUUAUAAGUGAAGAUGGGCGCAUUCAGGCUGCAGCUACUGAGGAGGCACAUUCUGUCCCAACAGCAAGAUCACAGCUAUGUCAGGCUCACCCAGUCCUCUAACCACUCAUGUGCUGAACACUGCACUGGGGGUCCCAGGAUCAAACGUGACCCUCAGACUUUAUCAACAAGACCCCUCAACCGACGUCUGGCACUUAAUAACCACUGGGACAACAAAUGAUGAUGGGCGAUGUCCAGGGCUGAUCACACAGCAGCAGUUUAAAUCUGGUGUGUACAAACUGCAUUUUGAGACUGGUCAGUACUGGGCCAGUAUGGGUCAGACCUCCUUCUAUCCCUACGUUGAGAUUGUUUUCACUAUAACUGACCCGGACCAAAAAUAUCACGUCCCUCUGCUUGUGAGUCGUUUCUCGUACAGCACCUACAGGGGGAGCUAGAGAGCAACUAUAAGGAACCGCCUGCAGAUGUGUUUUGUAACUGAAAUAACUAAUACUGUUUUCAAAAUGGGAUCUAAAUAACUCAGGUGUGCUGUGAAUGAAUAAUGAGUGAAGUAUUAUUUUUAAUGAAGCAAUAUUUGUUCUGUCUGUAUUGUGCAUGACAUUAUACUCUAUUGGCAUAAUAUUAACAUUGAUUUAAAACCUACAACCCCAUUAAAAAUGAAGUGGUGCAAUUCUCAUUUAUUUUCACUUCUGUUAAAAUAAAUGAGUUAGUUAAAUAACAAUGUAUUGUUAAGUAAAUGGGUAAAUAAAGAGUUAAGUAAAAUACAGCUUUAAAAAUGUAGAAAUAUUAGAAAUAUAAAGCUGUAAAGUUAAACAGAGUAACAACAAAUAAUUUCACAGUAAAUAAUUUUACAGUAAAAUUAUAUAAGUUGUUGAAACUGCACUAUAGGGAGAGCUCUGCCUUUUAGCAAAGUUAAACAUGUCAAAAAAGGGCAAACACGUCUAUUUUAAAAGAUUGUGUACAAGACGUUGACUGCACCUUUGGAUGCGCACUAUGAAUAAUAUGAAUAAGUUUAUGUCCAGCAGGGUUUUCUUUUUUUUAGAAACAGGAAAAGCAUGACUACCAACCCUUCAAACCAAGCCAAAGUUCCAAACACCAAUUUGUUUUGAUCCAAGACCUUCAGGUUUCUGCUCGAAAGCUGAAGAUGAAAAGAUUUAUAUUUUUCCAGCAUCACAGUGGGUGCAAGCAUGCAUCCAAAUUAACAGCUUCUGAAUUGAAAAUGAAUAUUUUGGCCAAAUGAGUGUCCAGAAAUAAAACUUUGAAGUCAGUA